UCCAGUCCAGCAACAUGGCGGAGCCGCCUCCUGUGCAGUACCAGCCCCAGGUGCCGGUGCUCCUGUGCUUUGCCCAGUUCUCCCGGGCGGACAGUGUGCCCUCGGGCUCGGGCUAUGAGCUGCUGAUCCAGAAGUUCCUGUCGCUGUACUGGGACCUGAUCGACGUGCGCAGAAAGUUCGCCGUCCAACUGUACUCCCGGGAGUGGAGCGACUACACCGACCUGCCCGAGGGCUUCGUGGUGCAUGAGAAGUGCAGACUGCGCCUGGUGCCACUGCAAGUGCAGAUGACUUCACUUGGAAACCUCAUUCCUUCCAGCACUGUGUUUUUCUGUUGCGAUAUGCAAGAAAGGUUCAGGCCUGCCAUCAAAUACUUUGGUGAUAUCAUAAGCGUAGGACAAAGGCUGCUACAAGGUGCUCACAUUUUGGGAAUUCCCAUUAUUGUUACUGAACAGUAUCCAAAAGGUCUUGGAAGUACUGUACAGGAAAUUGAUCUGACCACAGCCAAGCUUGUGCUCCAUAAAACCAAAUUUUCAAUGGUUUUACCAGAAGUUGAAGCAACUUUAAGUGAAAUCCCAGGAGUUCGAAGUGUGGUGUUGUUUGGAGUGGAGACUCACGUCUGCAUUCAACAGACGGCACUGGAUUUGAUUGGAAGAGGUUUUGAAGUUCAUAUUGUAGCUGAUGCAACAUCUUCAAGAAGCAUGAUGGACAGAAUGUUUGCACUAGAGCGUCUAGCCCGGACGGGCAUCACUGUCACCACCAGCGAAGCUAUCCUCUUGCAGCUGGUAGCAGACAAGGAACAUCCCAAGUUUAAGGAAAUUCAAAACAUCAUCAAAGCAAGUGCUCCAGAGUCGGGCCUGCUUUCCAAAAUCUAACUGGUUACAUCCUCACUUCUUAACCUCACCCCACCACCCUUGAGAAACAAGAUUAUGUUACAUUUACGACCAGCAACAAAGCCCUGUGAACCAACUGCUCGGAUCCUGUCAAUAGCAGAAGACCAUCAACGUCUGAGUAUACCUAUUGUCUUUGUAAUCGUGGGUGCUGUCUGUGUGUUGCAGGCUCUGAAUACUGUAGCUAUUGUGUGUUGUGGAGCAAUGUCUUUUUUUGGAGCGGUUAAAAGGCACCUAUUUAUUUGAAGUAGGAACCAACUGAUUGUAAAUCGCAGUAGAUUGUAGUUUUAACGAUGUGGGUACUUUGUGAGCGUAACUACAUUUUGUCCUAUUCAAUCAUUUUUGUAAACUGCUAUGGUCAAUUAAAAUGAUUUAAAAUGUG